AUGGGUAGCGCCGAAUCACUGAACCCCAAAGACUUCACCAAACUCUACCUCAAUGGAGAAUACGUCAGUGCACAAAGCACGGAAACGUACGCUCUAUUCAACCCCAAGGAUAAUACCAAGGUCGUGGACGGCGUCCCCGUGGCAAGAGCUGCCGAUGUUGAUUUGGCCGUGUCCUACGCCGAGGCGGCAUUUCGAGGGCCAUGGAGCAAAUUCUCUGCCAUGCAGAGGACCGAGUGUCUUCUCAAGCUGGCAGCACUCGUUGAAGACAAACUAACGCCCAUCCUCACACUCGACUCCCUCACUUCUGGGAAUCCAGUGUCUCUAAUUCCUACAAGAGAGAAAAACUACAUCAAGAACUGUAUCCUCUACUACGCCGGUUGGACGGAUAAGCUCAAGGGGGAUUAUUUUCCUGCCGACGAUGGAUUUGUUAAGCUCGUUCGUCAUGAACCUUUGGGCGUGUGUGCAGCUAUCAAUCCGUUCAACGCUCCCGUGGCGACCAUGAUGCUCAAGCUGGCACCAUGUUUAGCUACCGGAAAUGUCAUGAUCGUUAAGCCGUCGGAAAAGACACCUCUAGGAUCCCUUGCCAUUGCCCCGCUCUUCGAACAAGCUGGGUUUCCUGAGGGCGUCGUCCAGGUCCUCCCUGGAGACGGACAGACCGGUGCUUUACUAGCAAGCCAUAACCGCAUCAACAAGAUCAGUUUUACAGGCAGUGUGCCCACCGGCAAGAGAAUUCAGAUGGCGGCAGCACAGAGUAACCUCAAGCGCGUCACCCUUGAGCUUGGAGGUAAGAGCCCUGCGCUUGUUUUCGACGACUGCAACAUCGAGAAUGCCGUUACCUGGACCACGAAUGCUAUCCUGGCUCGGUCGGGGCAAGUCUGCGUCGCCGCAACAAGAAUCUACGUCCAAAAAUCUAUUGCGGAUCGCUUUGUCGAAAAGUACAUCGAGAGGAUGAAAGCGGCAGCAUCUGAUCUAGGCGAUCCCCAAGAUCUCUCGGUCAAGCUAGGACCACUGGUAGACGCAGGACAAUUCGACCGUGUCCUGAAUAUGGUGGAGCGUGCAAAGUCACAAGCUGACCUGGUCGUGGGCGGGGUCCGGCACGGAGAGACCGGCUGCUUCAUGGAACCUACCGUGUUUCUCAACCCUCAACCCGAUGCGGAGAUCUAUAAGAAUGAGGUCUUCGGUCCCGUGGCCGUGAUCAGGACGUUUGAGACGGAGGAGGAAGUAGUUGGCUGGGCUAACGAGUCUGACUAUGGCCUGAUGUCUGGGGUCUUUACCCGGGAUAUCACUAGAGCCAUGCGGGUUUCAGCACAAGUGGAUUCAGGGGUGGUAGGCAUCAACUGUGUGAGUUACAUGAAUAUGCAGGUCCCGUUCGGAGGACGAAAACAGUCGGGUAUCGGCAGAGAAAUGGGUGAAUAUGCGCUCAGGGCAUAUACCGAGCCCAAGACGGUCUUGAUCAAUAUGAAUGCUUGA